GUAAGCGGGAGCUCGUGGCUGUGCGACGUUGAGUGAAAGCUUGGAGCGCGGCGGUGUGUCUGCUCACUGUCUGCUGGGCGCACUCGAUGUUCUAACGUCUGCCCCUUUUUACUUCAACGAAACUCCAGCUUCUCCUCUGCUUCGCAGCUGCGUGUGGACCAUGGCUGCUAAACCACACCCUCCUCUGAUGAAGAAGCACAGUCAGACUGAUUUGAUAAGCCGCCUGAAAAGCCGGAAGAUUCUUGGAGUUGGCGGAGAAGAUGACGAUGGGGAAGUUCACCGUUCAAAGAUCAGUCAGAUGCUCGGGAAUGAGAUGAAGUUUGCAGUCCGAGAGCCAAUCGGGCUGAGGAUGUGGUUGCUAAUCUCAGCAGUGGGUUUCACUGCGAUUGCCUUAAUGGCCCUGGUGUUUCCUAACCAGCUAUAUGAGGUGGUUUUUGAGGAGGAGCUCUCCACAACCAGUCUCUCUGUUCGGCUUUAUGGAGGAGCGCUGUUAAGUUUGGCACUCAUUAUUUGGAAUGGUCUCUACACAGCAGAGAAGAUUGUCAUCCAGUGGACUCUGUUGAGCGAAGCUUGCUACUUUUCCGUCCAAUUUCUUGUGACAUCCAUCACCUUGAUAGAGGUUGGCACGCUGCCCAAUGCUGCCAUGCUGCUGCUGCUCAGCCGGGUCCUCUUCCUGACCAUCACCAUGGCGUACUACUACCACCUGGGCCGCAAGCCAAAGAAGGUCUGAGCUUCACCGCGCCAUGCUUCCAAGGAGAGGACAGCUGAGCACAGAUCACAAACACGCAGUGGGAAGGUGUGGAUUAUUAGCAUUUGAAUGGGAGCUCGGAGCAUUAUUUUGCCAGCGAAUGCACGCUCCACGCCCCAUGCAUGGGACCUAGCUUAGUAUAAACCCGCAAAAAGUCAACAACAGAGCACAUUGCGGACUCUAU